UUCUGAAUUCUCUGAUUGCUUCGUUCCGUUUCGUUUAUAUCAAUUCUCUCCGCUUAGAAAACGCGAUCUGAUGAAUGAUUUAUUUGAAUCUUUUUUUAUCUCGUAUAAGUUUCCAUACGAUCAAGCCUUAACCAUUUUAGAUUUAGAGUUUAAUAUUGCGUUCUGUAAAAAGGAUAUUACUUUCUUGGGUUUAGUAUUCCAGAACGAGUUUGGUUCGUUAGAAUUGUCCUCAAACAUCUGAGUGUCUACCAGGUGUUCGAUUAAAUGUCUUUGUGUUUAGGUUCCUCUUUGCUAAUUGUGAGUUUUAAUAUUUACAAUGUUUCUUUUUUGGUUUGUCUAUUAUCUUAAUAGUUAAUCUCUCUGUUUUUUUUGUUGUGUAUGAGUGCUUCGUAAUGGCUUUGUGUUUUUCUCAUUUUGUUUCUUCAGGAGGAAGACAUGAAAGUCAAGGUCUUGCGUAUCCUUCUACUUCGUCUUCUCUGCAUACAUAGGUUCUUUGAUGUUUAGAACAUGAUUUUUUAAGAUGCAGCUUAGGUUAGGUUUGUUUCCUAAGAUCUGUUCUCUUUUCAUUAAUUUCAGUUUUGAUUACUGAUGUAGAUGACUUUCUAAUAGUUUUUUUUUCUGGUGAGGACUCUUGUCGUUACCUCUCAACUAGUUCACAUAGCUCAAUGUUUCUUAAUUUAGGAUUUUGUUUCCACAAAAAAAAAAAAUGUUUCUUCCUUGACUCUCAGUGCUACUAUGUCUUUACUGACUUUAAAAAAACAGAGUGGCACGCGGUUGCGUCAUGGACAUGGGAUGCUCAAGAUGAGACAUGUGGGAUAUGUCGUAUGCCAUUUGACGGUUGUUGUCCAGACUGCAAACUCCCUGGAGAUGAUUGCCCUCUAAUUUGGGGAGCUUGCAACCAUUCGUUCCAUCUCCAUUGUAUAUUGAAAUGGGUCAAUUCACAGACGAGUCAAGCUCAUUGCCCCAUGUGCCGUAGAGAAUGGCAAUUCAAAGAGUAACAAGGAGUGGAGAGAGAUCCACCGUUUGUGUUGUGCUUUUUGAGUAGAUAUCUAGCAUUGGCUUUCAUUUAUAGAGAUGUGUUGGAUCGUUGUUCCGAAUUUAGUACGACCCUUGAUGGAUUGUUAAUGAAUGCAAAUAACUAACCACAAAAUUGCAGCAAAGAGUUUUGGUGCACUCUAUUUGUGUGCAUUUACAA